GUGUGUUUGUGUUCGGCCUCCGUAGACGCGGAACUUCAGCGCAGAAAGUCAACGAGACAAACGUUAAAGCAGAAUCGGAAGGGAAUCAGCAGUUCUUACUGAAAAACACAUUCCGUGCAGGAUUUUAUCUGACGUCGCCUUAAGUGUCUGAUAUGUACCGCUUGCGGGCGCUGACGGCUGCCACCGUCGGGAUGGUGCAGUUGACAAGACGGCAUCACACCGGGGCUUUCCGUUCCUAUCAGCGGCGUAGACUGAUGUUGGCCGCCCUGGCAGGGGUGACGGGCAUCUCAGCCAGCGCUGGACUGAUGUGGACAAGAGCGUAUGCGGAGGCGGGGUCUUCAGUUAAACACGAGGAGCAGAUGCGAGAGGAGGAGCCUCUGAAAGAUGUCGCGGAGGAGGCGGAGUCUGAAGGCGCUCUAGAGUCCAGCAGCGGCGAGGAUGAAGACGAGGCGGGCUCAGAAGGGAAGAAGAAGAAACAGAGAAUCGGCUUCCGCGACCGCAAGGUGAUGGAGUAUGAGAACAGGAUCAGAGCUUACUCCACCCCUGACAAGAUAUUUCGUUACUUUGCCACCCUGAAGAUCAUCAAUGAACACGGAGACGCGGAGGUGUACAUGACACCGCAGGACUUUGUGCGCUCCAUCACACCAAACGAGAAACAGCCAGAGAACCUUGGUCUGGAUCAGUUUGUGGUGAAACGCUAUGAUGGAAAGGACUUCUGGCAGAAGAUCUCUCAGGACCGAGAGAAGUUUGCAGACGAGGACAGCAUUUUCUACACACUGGGGGAGUGUGGACUCAUCUCUUUCUCCGACUACAUUUUCCUCACUACUGUCCUCUCUACUCCUCAGAGGAACUUUGAAAUUGCCUUCAAGAUGUUUGACUUAAAUGGAGAUGGAGAGGUUGACCUUGAGGAGUUUGAGCAAGUCCAGAGUAUCAUUCGCUCUCAGACCAGUAUGGGGAUGAGACACCGAGACCGCUCCACUACAGGAAACACUCUGAAAACCGGCGGCUGCAGUUCAGCUCUCACCACCUACUUUUUCGGGGCUGAUCUGAAGGGCAAGCUCACUAUCAGCAGCUUCCUGGAGUUCCAGAGGAAAUUACAGCAUGAUGUGCUUAAACUGGAGUUUGAAAGGAAUGAUCCGGUGGACGGCAGGAUCACAGAGAAGCAGUUUGGUGGAAUGCUGCUGGCCUACAGCGGAGUUCAGUCUCGCAAGCUCAAACUGAUGCAGAAAAACCUCAAAAGAAUGUUCAAGGAUGCUCAGGGCAUUACUUUCGAGGAAGUGGAGAAUUUCUUCACCUUUCUUAAGAACGUCAAUGAUGUCGACACUGCACUGAGUUUCUACCACAUGGCCGGCGCCUCUAUAGAUAAAGCCACCAUGAAGCAGGUCGCCCGCACUGUGGCAAAAGUGGAGCUGUCGGACCAUGUGUGUGAUGUAGUGUUCGCACUGUUCGACUGCGAUGGAAACGGCGAGCUGAGUAAUAAGGAGUUUAUCGCCAUCAUGAAACAGCGGCUGAUGCGUGGGCUGGAGAAGCCCAAAGAUAUGGGUUUCACCCGCCUGGUGCGCGCCAUGUGGAAAUGUGCCCAGGACACUGCCUGGGACUUUGCCAUGCCAAAACAGCAGUAAAACUGAGACGGCGUCCCCUCAUCUUAUCCUCCAUAUGGAGUAUAAAUAAUCAUUAAGUGAUGAACACUAGGAAGACGCAUGCUAUAUAGUGUGUACUGCUGUUCGCCUGUUCAAAUCUACUCAACAUCAACACUGAGCUUCUAUUUAUUUCUUGCUGUUUGCCAGGUUUGGGGUUGACUGUGCAAUUCUGCACAUGCUAGAAUGUGGUCGGCAUGUGAAAACACAACAGCAGGAGGUCGUCAUCCAGUGCCACGAGUUCCUACUUGAUAUGAAUGUUGCAUUAUUCAGCUUUAAUUUUAUACCAGUCCCAAUCGCAGCAGAAAUCCCUCUAUUUUACACUCCUCGAAUGUGUCCAUGUGUCUUAUAUAGCUUACUGCAGAAACCAAUUAUUAGAGAACUGCUCAAAAGCUAUAUUUUUUGUCAUAAUCUCUCUCUCUUUAUGUAUGUAUGUGUGUUGUCACGAUACUGUAGUUCCAUACCAAUCAGUAUUGCAAUUUUAAAAACGUCCCUUUCCUGCUAACAUUUGAGUGCGUACUCAAAUACCACCGACUGUGUUCACGGGCUCAGCAGAAAUGACUGUGAUUGGCCGUGAAGGUCAUCAGUUCACUGAACGCACUGCUAUUUAGUGAAUGUAACUACAAAUAUAGGGACACUGGAGCUUUUUAAAGCCGCGAUUCAUCAGCUGGUCUGUUUAUAAGCUGACAUACGAGCUAUCUGCUGAUGAACCGACUGGUCUUCAUGGCUUUAAAAUGCUCCAGUGUCCCUGUAUCUGUGUUUACACUUUGUAAACAGCGGUGAGUUCGGUGAACUGAUGACCUUCACGGCCAAUCACAGUCAUUUCUGUUGAGCAUGUGAACACAAUGACAAAUCAACAGUGCUCAAACGUUAGCGGGAAAUGGACGUUUGUUUUUUAUUUCAGUACCGAUUGGUAUCGAAUUCCAGUAUC